UCUUCUUCUAAAAAAAAAAAAAUAUGUUCAAUUGGUCAAAAAGAUCUCACAUAUUGCCAUAACGAACGAACAAAAGCACAUGGUCAAAAACAAACAAACGCUUCCUUCUUAAUUCUCAUUCAUUCAUUAGUAUUAUUAACACCAAACACAUAUCUCAACAAACCUGUUACUGUUUCAUUUGGAAAAUUGGUGGCACCUACUAACUUCCUCAUCACCAUCGUCUUUGACUUCCUGCCUCUUCUAGUUACCCUUAGGUUGGUUUGUAUCAAAGGUGAAGAGGGUGACACUUGCAUAGAGAUGGCUCAGAAGAAUCCAAGAGUUAUUCCAGACUGUGUAUAUGCUUCUAAUCCCUAUCAUGAAUGCACUCAAAAUUGCCUCCACAAGAUCAAGGAAUCCGUUUCCAAGCCACCUAAGAAUAAAAAGGGAUCUGCUUUUCGCAAAGGUGUUAUAGAAAGUGAGAUAGGCAAAAAGAUGAAUGAAGAAAAACACAUGCACUCAGGAUGUCCUAAAGCAUCUAAUCCUUACCAUGCGUGUGAUGUAAAUUGCCAGAAAAGAAUGUCUGGAGCUGAUUCAGGUGUCAUUCCAUUAACCUUCGACAGGAAAAAGAAGCUAGGUUCUAGACCUGAACUCCCAGUUCUUGACAGUGUUCCGGCCUCCAAAAUUGGCGCCAUUUAUCUCGCUGAUGCGGCAUCGCCAAUAUCAAAAUAUUAUGACAAGAAAAAGUUGGAACCGAAAAGCAAUGAGAUAGUACCAGCUUCUGGUGAACUACAUACUCUAGAUGUCAAGCCUGUCAAUGACAAAGUCCAACCAAAGGAUGGUUCUGAGAAUCUUGCCGGCCAGAUACAGACAAAUCAAGCAGGCGACAAAAACUCUUCAAACAAAGUUGUUCCAGUAACCUGUUUUGAUGACAUUGGAGAAGGUCUAACUACAUCAGCUGGUGGAUCCAAGCACUUCUGUUAUUCUGAUGUUCUCCAUGAUAAUGAGGACAGUGAUGAUGAAGAGGGGAGUGAGUCUGUGGUUUCUGAGACGCGUGUUCCUGUUGGAAAAUACCAUGUGAAGGAAAGCUUUGCUCCCAUCCUGCAAUCCAUCUUUGACAAGUAUGGUGAUAUAGGAGAAAGCUGCCAUUUGGAAUCGGUUGUGAUGCGGUCGUAUUACAUCGAGUGUGUGUGCUUUGUGAUCCAAGAGUUGCAAUCAACCUCAAUAAUGGACUUAACAAAGUCCAAAGUUAAGGAAUUGUUGGCUAUUCUUAACGAUGUUGAGUCUGCUCAACUUCAUGUGACAUGGUUGCGUACCGUUGUCAAUGAAAUUGCUGAAUACAUCAAACUCAUUGAUGAGCACCGGUCCGUGGAGGCGGCAAAGGCUAACUCUGACAGUGAAAUGGAAUCACUGAGGAAAGAACUAGAAUCAAAAGUGGAAAUUUUGACUCAGAAAGAACGGGAGGUAACUGAUAUUAAAACAAAAAUUGAAGGGAUUAGAGAGCGCCUCGGCGAGCUUGAGAUGAAGUCAUCUGAUUUGGAGAAGAACAGGUUAUCUAUCAAAUCCAAGGUUGAUAAUUUGGAUAGCAGAUCAUUGCUAGAUGAACUACUUUAAUUAAUAAUGUAAACUGCUUAGGGAAUGGUAUUAGUAUUGUGGCAAUACAUAACAAGUAGAAUAUGCAAUGCAACUGAAUCAAUAAAAUCAUGGGAACUAUGCUGUAUUUUCAAGCUAGGUAAUGCUAUGAUUACAUAACACACCUUAAACACAUGCACCCUCAAUGCUUCACUUCAAUUUUUUAUUUUAAGUUAAUUAUCCCAAACAGCUUUGGGUUGAUUGAAGGCCUUGCUGUCAUUAUAGAAAAUUUAGUUUCUACAUCUUGGAACCAAGCCAAUUUUGGAGCAGCUUUGUGAUGAUAAAAAACAUGAAGGCUGCAAAGAUCAAUGCACCAAUUGCAGUACAAUUGAAUUAGAGUUGCAAUUUGCUAGUUAUUUUCUGCAUACAGGGCACUCUGUUUAAUCUCUUGUGGGUUAUUUGCCCUUAAAUUUAGCACUUUUUGGCUGUACUGCUGGCUUAUAUUAUGACCUUUUGGCGUUUAUUUAAUUAUUAUUAUUAUUAUUAUU